GCCCCGGCUGCUCCCGCCCCCCAGCCCGUGCCGCAGGGAGGAGCUGCGGGCUCCCGCCGCGCCGGCCCGAGCGCGCCGCCGGCGCCAUGCCCCGCAUAGAUGCCGACCUCAAGCUGGAUUUCAAGGAUGUCCUGCUCCGACCCAAGCGAAGCAGCCUCAAGAGCCGAGCCGAGGUGGAUCUCGAGCGAAGCUUCACAUUUCGGAACUCAAAGCAGACCUACUCGGGGAUUCCCAUCAUUGUGGCCAACAUGGACACUGUGGGGACGUUUGAGAUGGCAGUGGUGAUGUCACAGCACUCCAUGCUUACAGCAAUUCACAAGCAUUACACCCUGGAUGACUGGAAGCUCUUUGCCGCUAAUCACCCAGAAUGUCUGCAGCAUAUAGCCGUGAGUUCGGGCAGUGGGAAGAAUGAUCUGGAAAAGAUGAGCAGCAUCCUGGAAGCCGUGCCGCAGGUCAAGUUUAUUUGCCUGGAUGUGGCCAAUGGAUACUCGGAACAUUUUGUGGAAUUCGUGAAGCUCGUCCGGGCCAGAUUUCCAGAACACACCAUUAUGGCAGGGAACGUGGUGACGGGAGAGAUGGUGGAAGAGCUUAUUCUUUCAGGAGCAGAUAUAAUCAAAGUGGGCGUUGGACCAGGUUCCGUGUGUACCACCCGCACCAAGACGGGAGUGGGGUACCCGCAGCUGAGUGCUGUGAUCGAGUGCGCAGACUCGGCCCACGGCCUGAAGGGGCACAUCAUCUCGGAUGGAGGCUGCACGUGUCCAGGAGAUGUCGCCAAAGCCUUUGGAGCCGGAGCAGAUUUUGUCAUGCUGGGAGGGAUGUUUUCGGGCCACACUGAGUGUGCUGGAGAGGUGAUCGAGAGGAAUGGACAGAAGCUCAAGCUGUUCUAUGGGAUGAGCUCAGAGACAGCGAUGAAGAAACACGCAGGAGGGGUUGCGGAGUACAGAGCCUCUGAGGGCAAGACCGUGGAAGUGCCUUACAAAGGGGACGUCAAGGACACUAUUCUGGACAUACUCGGAGGACUGAGGUCUACCUGCACCUACGUAGGGGCCGCCAAACUCAAAGAGCUCAGCAGGAGGGCGACAUUCAUCCGGGUGACCCAGCAGCACAACACCAUGUUCAGCUAACCUCGAGAUCAAGGACGAGACGAUCUCCAGCCACCAGAAGCGUCUGCACAGGCCUGCUUUCCCAUCCCCCUCCUCCUGUGACGGCAGAGGUUCCGGCUGAUCCCAGAAGCAAGGCACUUCCUGGGUCAGCGGUUGGCGCUUAGCUGCCCAGAACGUGUAACCUCCUUGUUAAAACUAAUACUCACGCCUUUUUCUUUUCUUUCCUUUUUUUUUUAAGAAAAUGGUUCACUUUAAUAUAAUGCUGUGAAGACUU